AUGACUAUUCCAGACGAAGUCGACAUCAUCAUCUGCGGUGGUGGAAGCUCCGGCUGUGUCCCGGCAGGCCGCUUGGCCAACCUCGAUCCCAGUCUUUCUGUUCUGUUGAUCGAGGCUGGAGAAGACAAUCUCAACAACCCAUGGGUGUACCGUCCGGGGAUCUACCCCCGUAACAUGAAGCUGGACUCCAAGACAGCUUCAUUCUACUACUCACGUCCGUCUGAGCACCUCGAUGGACGUCGUGCAAUCGUCCCAUGUGCCAAUAUCCUUGGCGGAGGAAGCUCCAUCAACUUCAUGAUGUACACUCGCGCGUCAGCCUCCGACUAUGAUGACUUCCAGGCCGAAGGCUGGAAGACCAAGGAUCUUGUACCCCUGAUGCGGAAGCAUGAGACCUACCAGCGGGCGUGCAAUAACCGUGAGCUCCACGGCUUCGACGGCCCCAUCAAGGUCUCCUUCGGGAACUAUACGUACCCGAUUAUGCAGGACUUCCUCCGGGCUGCAGAGUCCCAGGACAUUCCCAUCACGGAUGACCUACAGGACCUGAAGACAGGUUCCAGCCACGGAGCCGAGCACUGGUUGAAGUGGAUCAACCGGGACACUGGACGUCGCAGCGAUGCCGCCCACGCCUACGUCCACAGCACCAGAGCAAAACAAUCAAACCUCCAUCUCAAGUGCAACACCAAAGUGGACAAGGUCAUCAUUGAGAACGGCCGCGCCGUAGGCGUCGCCACAGUCCCCUCCAAGCCGCUGGAUGGCCAUGACCCCCCGCGGAAGAUCUUCCGGGCUCGCAAGCAAAUCAUCAUCAGCUCCGGGACUCUGAGCUCGCCGCUCAUCCUGCAACGGUCUGGCAUUGGUGACCCUGAGAAGCUGCGCGCAGCGGGAAUCAAGCCCCUCGUGAAUCUUCCGGGCGUGGGCCGCAAUUUCCAGGACCACUAUCUCACCUUUUCGGUGUUCAGGGCUAAGCCUGACGUGGAGUCUUUUGACGACUUUGUUCGUGGAGACCCUGAGGUGCAGAAGAAGGUGUUUGACGAGUGGAAUCUCAAGGGGACGGGUCCGCUGGCGACGAAUGGCAUCGACGCUGGCGUGAAAAUCCGUCCGACUGAGAAGGAAUUGGAGGAGAUGAAGAAAUGGCCGACUCCGGAGUUUGUGGACGGCUGGGAGACUUACUUUAAGAAUAAGCCUGACAAGCCGGUCAUGCAUUAUUCUGUCAUUGCUGGUUGGUUCGGAGACCACAUGCUCAUGCCUCCUGGCAAGUUCUUUACCAUGUUCCAUUUUCUGGAAUACCCCUUCUCCCGCGGGUUCACCCAUGUCAAGUCCGCAGACCCGUACGAGAACCCCGAUUUCGAUGCGGGAUUCAUGAACGACAAACGUGACAUGGCGGCUAUGGUCUGGGGGUACAUCAAGUCUCGCGAGACGGCCAGACGGAUGAGCUCCUACGCGGGCGAAGUGACGGCUAUGCAUCCCCAUUUUGCGUACGACUCACCUGCCCGGGCGUUUGACCUUGACCUGGAGACAACCAAGGCGUAUGCCGGGCCGAACCAUAUCACUGCCGGUAUCCAGCAUGGAUCCUGGUCUCAUCCUCUCGAGAAAGGAAAUCCCUCCUUGGAGACCCACCUGAACUCCCAUAGACAAGAUACCAGGAACGAACUGCAGUAUAGCAAUGAAGAUAUCAAACACAUCGAGAAAUGGGUCCAACGCCAUGUCGAAACCACCUGGCACUCCCUCGGCACCUGUAGCAUGGCGCCUCGGGAGGGCAACUCUCUGACCAAACACGGUGGCGUUGUCGACGAACGUCUCAACGUGCACGGAGUCGAGGGCUUGAAGGUGUGCGAUCUGUCCAUCUGCCCGGACAAUGUGGGCUGCAAUACGUUUAGCACUGCGCUCUUGAUCGGUGAAAAGUGCGCCAUGCUCGUCGCGGAGGAUCUGGGAUAUUCUGGGGCUGCGUUGGAGAUGAGAGUGCCGACUUACCAUGCUCCUGGAGAGUUUACUGGGCUUGCUCGACUGUAA